AUGGGAGAGAGUAUAGAAACACCUUUGCUGCGGGUUCCCUUCGAGUCCCUGAGGAGAACAACGCGAGAUCGCAAGUACCUCAUAGAUGAGGUCCACGAGGUGUUGGAUGCGCUGAAAAAGAAUGGACUAGAGAUGCAGAGCUCAGAAGACCGGAAAGCAUUCGUGAAGGGACUCAUAGCUCGUCUGGAUGGCCUGAAACGCAAGCUAAACGAAAUUGCUGAGGUGGAGGAGCGGGAGGCUCGGAGGUGCAAGGCGCGGUUGGAGCACCUGAAAGAGAUCGGGCAGCCGCAGAAGAACCAUGCCCUGGAGUGGAACCAGGCCAGGAUGGACCGCAUCCUCGCUGACCACAUGCUCAGAUGUGGCUUCCUGGACUCCGCCUCUGAGCUGGCAGCUAGCGCUAACAUUGAGGAUCUGGUAGACAGCCACAUCUUCCUCCAGGCACGCAGCGUGCUGGAGGGGCUGGGACGCCAUGACUGUACUGCAGCCCUGGCCUGGUGCGAGGAGCACCGAGCCCGCCUGAAGCGGCUCAAGAGCAAGCUGGAGUUCAAGCUGCGCGUCCAGGAGUUUGUGGAGCUGGUGAGGCAGGAGCGGAUGCUGGACGCGAUAGCCUACUCGCGCAAGCACCUGGCGCCCUGGGCCGGCCAGUACCAGGCCGAGCUGCAGCGCGCGCUCACAGCCCUCGCCUUCAAUGCCGGCACGUCCUGCGCACCUUACGCCUCGCUGUUUGCAGAGAGCGCCUGGCACGCGUGCUCCGACCUGUUCUGCCAAGAUCUGUACCGGCUGCACAGCAUGCCACCAGAGUCCCAGCUGAAGGUCCACUUGCAGGCCGGCUUGUCAGCUCUGCGGACGCCUCAGAGCUAUGCGGUAAAGAGCAGCAAGGAGGACCCCUUGAGCAUGGAGAAGUUCCAGAAGCUUGCCGAUGGGAUGCCCUGGUCGAAGCAUGUGCACAGCAAGCUGGUGUGCGCGAUCACACGGGAGAUCAUGAAUGAGCACAACCCGCCCAUGGUGCUGCCAAAUGGCGCAGUGUACAGCGAGAAGGCCGUGCAGCAAGUGGCCUCCAGAAACCACAACAUCUUCACCUGCCCAAAGACUGGAGUCUCUUGCGAUGUCAGCGACCUGAGGAGGGCCUACAUCUCAUGA